AAAAAUGGAGACCGGCGUUAGACAAGGUUCUCGUUAUGCGUUUCGAAAUAUGUGCUUUUAAAUUAAAUGCAGGUCUUAACAGCAGGAAUUGAAAAGAAAAUCAAAACUGUUAACGAAUGCCCUAAAAACAUCUGUAGUCGCAGUGAUCAGUGUGCAUUAACGAGGAGUCCGAAAUACACGGAGAGGACAAGUGAAGUGAAAUGUGUAUGUACCCCCCCACCGCCCCCCAUUCUCUGUGUAAGGAAUGCCCAGUGCCACAGCGCGCGCCAAGCGGGUGAGGAGGGCCAGGCGGACCCCCCGGGAUGACCCGGCGCGAAACGAGCUCGUUUCGAGGUCUCUGGAGAGUGCGCAGCAGUGUCUGCUCAAUCAGGACUAUGGAACGGCUUUCGUUCACUACCUCCUGGUGCUCAACCUUGCCCCCGUUCUCAAGGACUUUGCAAGGGAGUCCUUUCGGUUCACGCUGUUCAAAUGGGCAGAGGAGCUGGAUUCUCUCGGCCGGAUCCAGGACCUCUUUGACUGCUACGAGCAAGCGUUGGAACUGUUUCCCACUGAUGAAGUAAUUUUGAACAGCAUGGGAGAGCACCUUUUCAGGAUGGGUUUCAGGGACGAGGCUGCGGGACAUUUCCACAAGGCCUUAAAGUUGAAGCCUGAUUUCACAGAGGCCAAAGAGAACUUCUACCGUGUGGCAAACUGGCUGGUGGAGCGCUGGCACUUUCUGAUGCUUAAUGACAGCAGGAGGAACCAGAAGUAUCAACAGGCCAUCCGUAAGGCAGUGGAGUCUGGUUGCAGCACAGUGCUUGACAUUGGCACCGGUACUGGGAUCCUUGGGAUGUGUGCAAAGAAGGCCGGAGCAGAUAAAGUUUAUGCCUGUGAGUUAUCGAAGACUAUGUAUGAGCUGGCCUGCGAAGUCGUGUCUGCCAACGGCAUGAAUGGGACCAUCAAGAUUCUACACAUGAAAUCGCUGGAGAUGGAAAUCCCUAAAGAUAUCCCUGAGAGAGUUUCGCUGGUGGUGACAGAAACUGUGGAUGCGGGGCUUUUUGGAGAAGGCAUCAUUGAGAGCCUGCUCCAUGCCUGGAACCAUCUGCUGCUGCCCCAUGAGAAUCCAGAGGAGCCAUCCAGCAGCCCCGCACUGACGGGCCGAGUCAUCCCCGCGGGGGCCACCGUCUUCGGCAUGGCUGUGGAGUGCCAAGAGAUCCGCCGGCACCAUAGGGUAUGUGUGUCCACAGCUGGGGGGCUGUCCCUCUCCAUCGUGCAGGAUUUCCACAGCCCGGUGAGCUGCAAGCGUGAUGCUGACGAUUCCAUGGAGCCUUACACCACAGAGAGGCUGAGCAGACUGCCAGGGGGCUAUGCUCCACUGACGGAGCCAUUCUGUGCGCUCAACAUCAACUUCAACAGUGUGCAGGAUCUGGAGGGCCUCUGCUCCCAGGAGCCUAUCCGAUUCAACCUGCCCGUCACCCAGGCAGGGGUUCUGGACGCCUUGGCCAUGUGGUUCCAGCUGCACCUGGACGAGGAGAUCAGCUUGUCCACAGGGCCACAGGAGGACACCUGCUGGGAGCAGGCCAUCUACCCGGUCCAGAACCACUGUGAUGUCUGUGUGAACCCCGGAGAUGAGUUGAUUGUGGAGAUUUCGUGUGAGGAUGCGUACCUGAGGGUGCACGGUGUAGCUGUGGUGAGAGAUGGCAGCGUCGUGAUCAGUCUGGACGAUUCCGACGACUCCCCUUCGAGCCCGACUGCGGAGGCCGAACUGUGCAGCGCUCUGGCCUGCCUUCAGACGAACCACGGCAGGUCUCUGGAGGCGUGUGUGCUGGAAUGCUCAGAAAUAGCCCUGCUCAACAAUGUCCGAUACCAUGAGAGUUUCAGGAGGGCUCUGGACAAACUUGUGACAGGCCUGCGCCCCGAGUGUGUACCACAGGGGGAUGACGGUGAGGGCCAAGCCAGUGGCCAGGAGCGUGGAAAUGGUGGCCCUGGGGAGUUUGAGCACGAUGCUCGAGAGCCACUCUAUGUGUUGGACGUGUCAGAGGGCUUCUCCAUCCUGGCGCUGGUGGCUGCCCGGCACAGCUCCGUGAAGGCUUUCAGCUCCGUGGAGAAGGAGCAGCACCAGGCCGUGCUCAGCCGACUGGCCCAGGCCAACGGGGUGCAGCCGGAGGCGCUCGAGUUCUGGCUGGGCCGAUCGGAUGACAGCGACGCUGCAGGACUACAAAGGCCAUCCACGGAGAAGCUAUGGAGCGCCAUCGUGCUGGACUGCGUGGAGACGUGCGGCCUGAUCCGGCAGAAGCUGAUGGACAAGGCCGCACUGGCCAGGUGCUUGCUGGAAACAGGCGGCCGGAUCUUUCCACAGCGCAUCGUCAUGUACGGGCUGCUCGUCGAGUCGGACACCCUGCUGCUGGAGAGCGCCGUGCAGGGGCGCGAGCCCACGCUGGGCUUCAACAUUGCACCUUUCAUCAACCAGUUCACUGUGCCUGUUCACGUGUUCCUGGACCUGUCAACCCUUCCGUGUAAACAUCUCAGCGACCCCAUAGAGCUGUUCGUCCUCGACCUCAUGAACUGCAGUGUGAACUACAGCCACCGCGAAGUGAAGCUCCAGGCCACUUGCUCAGGCAGGGUGACAGCCGUCCCCUUCUGGUACCGGGUGCACCUGGACGAAGAGAUCAGCGUCAGCACCUUCACCGAGGAUUCCCACUGGAAACAGGCUGCCGUGGUCCUGCACCAGCCCCUGGAGGUUAGCACUGGGGAUACGGUGCGACUCGACAUCCAUCUCCACAGUAGUAGCCUGUCCAUCACAGCCUGCAAGGAGCCAGCUUCUUACUCAACCCACAGCAGUCUGUGAGGGGGAGGAGCAGCUGCCAGUUCCACCUACCUCUACUGUAUCCCUCCCACUUCUCAUGAAGGUCCAUUGAGCUUUCAGAUAUGAAUUCCAGUAAUUCAUGAAUUUCAUGUGUAUUUGUAAAAGAUGUUUGUAGCAUGUCAGUAAUUGCAAGAAAAAUAGUUGUAAGAUGUUGUCUCCAAAACAUAUAUUUUUCAAUAUGUGCAAUUGUUGCUUAGGAGAAAUAAACAGAU